CGUAUAGUCCCCCAUUAGAAUUAGCCCCGCCCAUCUAAAGUCUGCAUAAAAAUGUCUCUUGAGCCUACAGUACCAGAUGGAAGGAAAUCUCCUCUUAGCCUCAGCAGGGAAGAGGUGCAUUCAAAGUAUGGCUGCUUCUUUCAAGAGUCAACUGUCCUGUCAGAAUAUUGCCAGUUGCUGGAGCAGCCCAUUCCUGGAGUAUAUGUACUUACAUCUAACUUAUCACCAUUAAUAUGGUAUGGAUUACUAUUAAUAAAAAUUGGUUUGUAUGAAGGUGCUGUGUUUAAAUUCACAGUCUCCAUUCCUAUGAAUUAUCCUGAAGGAGGCUGUCCAAGGAUUGAUUUUCAGUCAGGAGUAUAUCAUCCACAAGUUGACUAUGAUACCGGGCUACUUGAAUCUAAAAGACAAUUCCCAAGAUGGCGGAGAGAUGUUAAUAAAUUACGUGAUCUGCUCCUAUUUAUGAAGAAUUCUUUUCUCUCCGUUGAUUGCGAUAAGCCUGUUAACGAAGAAGCAGCGUUAUUGUUUGCUAAUGAUAAACCAGAAUAUAAAGAAAGAGUAAAGAAAAGUAUCAGAGAAUGCAAACAAGUGGUGUUGGAAAAAAGCGAUGACAAUGAUCCACACGCAAUAGAAAUAGGGCAGUGGCAUCAUGAUGUAAUGAAAUCAGCUAGAGAACUUAUCUUUGAGCCAGAGUACAAGACUAUAUCAGAAGAAGAUGCGACCAAAGGACUUCCUUCGGGACUUUCGUGGGUAAAACCAAACUCUUACACUCCUUUCAGUUCAGAUAAAAAUCAUUAAAAAUCAUUAUAAUAUAAUAAUAAUUGAAUUGUACAAACGUACAAGCAGAGAGUAGCAGGCGCGGCUGAAAAUUGGC